AAACAUAUUAAAAACUUAUCUUAAUCUUUCUAUAACUAAAUAAUAUAUGGAAAUAAACAAUUCAAACAAUACAAAUAAAGAUUGUAUUGAUUCUAAUGAAAAUAAUGAGACAACAGUACAUAAUCUUCCAGCAGAUCAAGCAAUGGAGUUUGAUAUUCGUAAGAACCGAUGGACAUAUGAAGAUAAGGAUGGGAAUGAAUAUGAAUAUGAUGAAAAACGGCGUAUAUGGGUUUUAUCUAUGGAUGAAGAAUUAAUACGUGUUCAACAAAAUGCGUAUUCAGUUGAAGGAGUAGAUGAGACAAUUCCAACAAAUAUUCAGAAGAAGAACAAGAAAAGAACGGAAGAAAGAGGAAAAGAUGAGUAUUUAUUUUCAAAAAAAAAGAAUCUAGGAACACCAAAAAACACAGCAGUUUAUGUAUCUAAUCUCCCGCCGGAUGUAACGGAAGAGGAGAUAAAAGAGAAAUUUUCAAAAUGUGGUUUAAUUAGUGAAAAUAUUGAUACAGGAAAGCCCAGAAUUAAAAUUUAUACAAAUGAACGAGGGGAACCGAAGGGAGAUGCAGUAAUAGUAUUUUUUAGAGAAGAAAGUGUUAAGCUUGCUAUUCAGCUUUUGGAUGAUACGUAUUUACGUAUAGGAGAAAGACAUGGUCAAAAAAUUAAAGUACAAGAGGCAGAUACAUCAUAUAAAAAAUCCCAAAAUAAUCCAGUGAAACGAUCUUUUAAUGAGAAACGAAAAUUGCAGCAGAAAAUGAAAAAAUUGAAUAAUAAGAUAUCAGAAUGGGAUGAAGACACUUCUAGUUCUUCUGGAAGGUGGUCUAAAGUUGUUAUUCUAAAACAUAUGUUCACAUUGAAAGAGCUUGAAGAAGAUAUGACUCUUAUAAUAGAUCUUAAACAAGAUAUUCUUGAAGAAUGUUCUAAAAUAGGAAAUGUUACAAAUAUUGUUUUAUUUGAUCUGGAGCCAGAUGGAGUCGUCAGUGUACGAUUUUCUGAUGAAGAAAGUGCAUUAGUAUGUGUCAAGACAAUGAAUGGUCGCUACUUUGGAGGAAAAAUAGUAAGCGCAGAAAUCUAUGAUGGUAAAGUUCGAUAUCGAAAAAGUAGUAAUAAAAAUGCAGAUGAUGCAGAUGAACAAGCUAGAUUAGAAAAAUUUGGAGAAUGGCUUAAAUCUCAAGAAUGAUUUUUUUCAUAGACAGAACAUUUAAACGUUCAAUAUUCGUAGA